AUGGCGAGGGGCAAGGCGCACCGCAGGAACCGGGCCGGGAACUUCCGCCCCAUGGACCGGUCCCCCAUCAGCCAUCCAAGCCCGAGUGCUCCGAGCUCUCAAAUCGUGACAUGUCUGCUGCUUUUGUGUUUCCCAGGCUCCGGCACUGGGAUUAGGCAUCCCGUACGGAGAUGGCCCGUCUCUGCUGCCACCGGGAAGUCCCACAAAUGCCUUGUUCCACCUGAGUCUCCCGGGGAGAAGUUCGUCCUGGUGGUUGGAGACUCCCACCUUCGUGCCCUGGUGGACGGGAUCGUCCGGAUGCCUGCGGGUGGGGGCGUGACCUUCGGGUUCAUGUCCACACCUGGCGCCAGUGCAGCGGAGCUGUACACCGAGGUCAGUCACGCGAACAUUUCUCGCACCCCCGAUCUUGUGUGUCUUCUCGCCCCCAGCAACAACCUGACGGCGAGCCGGACCCUUCCUGAGGCGGCCCAGGACUUCCGGCAGCUCCUGACCCUGCUCCAGUCCAAGUGGUCCAAGCUCUUCGUCCUGGACUUCCCGCCCCGCCUGACCGUGCCCGAGGACCUGCAGACCUUCCUGCGCCAGGACUUCCACAGGGUGGCGGCACAGAUGGGCAUUAAGUACCUUUCUGUUGCUGAGCACUUCAGCUUGGACCGCUUGGCCUUGUGGGCCCGCGAUGGGGUCCACCUGAGUGAUGAUGGAGGGAUGGUCGUGCUGGCUUCCCUGCUCUGGGAGUUCGCCUCCCAGCAGCUGGUGGAGCCAGUCGUCCAGGCGCCUCCUCCUGCGUCGCCCCGGCCUGCCGCCCGGCGAGUCACUCCUAAGGUGGUUGUGAGUGGGCACUCUGUGUCACCUCGUCCAACCAACCCUUUUGAGUGGACUUGCAAGGUUAGUAACCCUAAGGUAUGGAUCAGCUCAUUUCAUACAAAUGAAAUCGUUUUGUCUGUUUUAAACUUGUGAAUGUGUUCAAGGUGAUCGCAGUUUCCUGAAGCCCAGACCAGAAGCAGAACGUGCAGUGCAGGUCGGUGGUCCAGCAGAAGAGUCUGGUAAAAGUGUCUAACAAAGUUUCUCUUUUUUCUCCCCUCUUUUUCUCUACAGAAAGCCAGUCCUUCGGGUGCUGACUGCUCUCCUCUGGCAUCGUGGCGCGGGCGGGGAUUGGAGCAGGUCAGUCAUUUUAAAAAGAAGACUUAAGUGGUCAUGUUUGCAUUAUGUCCAUGUGAUUAAGUGAUAACUGUUUGGUUUUUUUCCCUCCACAGGCUGCUCCUAUCCCGGUGUCCCCCGUGCGGUUCAGCCCCGCCAUUCUGGAUUUGUUGGAUAAGUUUUAUCCCUCAGAUCUGGACUGUGCAGGAGCUGACGUGCCUGUUCCCGCUGGGAACAAGGUAACUGUUAUUUCUUGAUACUCACAGGUUGCACGUAAUUUUUUAACGGCCUCUAAAUCAUUUUUGUCCUGGUAUUUGUGGUUGUUUCUCAGACGUCUCGUGCCAGGCGUCGCCAGAGGUCUGUGGCUGCAUCCCAGAGGGCUGCACCAAGGCUCCAGGUAAGAAGACCACACACUGUAGUGUUGUAGAGGUGUAACUUGUGACAACAACAGAUGCGUUUUUUUUUUUUAAUUGACACACUUGAUAAAACAUGACUAUGUGUUUUUCUGCUUUUUUAAUAAGGCGGAGGUUCCCGAGCACGUGGAGGUGAAACCCCGGCCUUCACCUGCCAGGCGUGCCAGGAGGGAGAGGGUGCCAGCCCAGGUAUGACUGUGAUUUUAUUCUGUCAAAAUGCUUCAACAUGUAGUUUAUAGUAUAGAGUGUGAUAUUGAAUACGUUUCAUGUUUGUUUCCAGGACCAUGUGGAGGUGACACCGAGGUCACCUACCAAGGACGUGGGGAUGGACCGGCCUGUGGACCAGGUGAGGGGAGGGGAGGGGGGCUCAAUAGUCUUUUUAGAGUGAUAUUCUCUUUUUUUUAAAUUAAAUUAACUGUUUUAAUUUGUAUUCCUACUUAACCUUUUGUUGUGUGCUCCCUUUAGUAAGACAUGAUUAUUGGGCAAGUAUGUUCGAAAUCUAAAAUUCUUUUACUGAGCAUUUAUGAAUUUGAGUUUAGGUGUUAAAGUGCAAUUAUUGUUUAGGUUUUGUUAUAGAAAAAGGAAA